CAAACUUUCAUUUAGACAAGCCACCCCUAGCAAUCCACUGAGCGCACACUGACACACACAGGAGGGAGAGGGUGUGUGUUUGUGUGAGUAAGAGAGUGGGAGACCAAAUCCAAGAGGCAACAGGAGACAGAAAGAGCAAGACAAAGAGCAAGAGACAGAGCCAACAGUUUGAGUGAUUUUGACGGGCAAGUAAGGGCCUACAGAGAAGAAAUUAUAAGGACCGAGCCACUGAGCAAUGGAACUUGACUGACAGGACAACAAACUAGUCCACCUGUUCAGCACUGAGGGCUGUUGUUGGAAGAUUGAUCUCUGGAUAUGACUUUUAGAGGACCUUUUGAUACACUGGACAACUUGGUGAUUGAAGAGAGCAAGCAAGGGAAAACCAAGAUUUCUGAAGACAUACACUACAGUUCUGAGUAAGACCAGGAUCAAAUUCUUAAUCUCUAAAACUAUAAAACAUUUUUAAAACAUAAAUAUAAAAAGGACUGAUACCAGUGUUAUAUUAUUUACAGAAAUUAGACUCUAUAUGCAUAGUUUAUACACUUGGCAGCCAAGUAGAGACAUUACUUUAGAAACAAACCAAAAAACUUGCCAAACAAAAAUAUACCUUAUUUCAAGGUCUAACUAAAUGUCAUUUACGAUUACAAGCUACUGUACAAACUUCUGCAUCUGCAACAGUGUCUAAAUGUAACUUGGACGCACACCACUGUAAUUACAAAGCAAGUUCAGGGAAAAAUUACAGACAUUUGUAAUUAAGGAGCAUCUAUAAAAGGCAACCAAGGAAAGGGUGAGGUCUGAGACGAAAAAAAAGAGUGGGCUGCAAGGACAGCAGGACAGAGAACAGGACGUCAAGAAUCUCACCAAGAAAAACAGCUGCUUCGGCAGGACAACACACACCAUGGAUUCUCAUGGAGGACACUACCUCAACAAAGAAGCUGUGUUGUCACCUUUAGGUGUAGCCCGAAUGUGUCAGCUGCUGCUUGGUUGCACCAUAAUGGCCCUUGUGUCCCACAGUGCAGGCUACAGCGCCACCUAUGGAACCUUCUGCAUGUUUGUGUGGUGCUUCUGCUUUGCUGUCACACUGGUUGUGUUCACCUUGGACAUUACGCGGCUCCACACAUGCAUGCCCAUUUCCUGGGAUAACUUCACUGUGGCCUUCGCCAUGCUGGCAACACUCAUGUACAUCACUGCCUCCGUGGUCUACCCUGUUUACUUCCUCCAAACAGAGUGCCCUGAUGAGGGCUGUGAAGUCCAAAUGUACCGCAUUGCUGUCACAGUCUGCUCCAGUGUCUGCUGCUUCCCCUACGGUACUGAGGUGUUCCUAACUCGAGCCAAACCAGGGGCUGUGGUGGGUUACAUGGCCACUGUGUCCGGUCUACUCAAGGUGGUCCAGGGUUUUGUGGCCUGCAUUAUUUUUGGGGCACUAGCCAAUGACAGUGAGUACAACCUGUACAUUGCCACCCAGUACUGUGUGGUGGUGUACAGUUUGUGCUUCUCCGUCACUGUGAUAGUGGUCAUACUGACAGUUUCUGGGAGGACCUCUGCCCUGCGGUUCCCCUUUGACCGGUUUGUGGUUGUCUACACCUUCUUCGCUGUGAUCCUCUACCUCAGUACUGCACUGAUCUGGCCCAUCUUCAGCUUUGACAAGAAGUACGGCACCACUAUUCGCCCUGAGGACUGCCCACGUGGAGAAUGUCCCUGGGACAGUAAGCUGGUGGUGGCAGUGUUCACCAACGUCAACCUGAUCCUAUAUUUUGUUGAUCUUGUUUACUCCCAGAGGAUUCGCUUUGUCUCCAGCUCUGCUGUCUGAAAAAACGUUUCAAGACUGUUUAGCCUGAGACAAAUGAAGAAAGUUUGAGGCCACAUCCACCACGCUCUCCACAGUCAGGUCUCUGUGAAGGACUCAUUCCCUUGGAUCUAUAGAUCAAUGAUGUUGUAUGCAUGUGUGACAUUUUUUAUUAUCAGUAUUCAUCUAGAAUUGAGCAUGUAGGCAGUAAAACUGACAGUAUUACCCCAUGCUACAAACUUAAAGGCCUUUCUCCAGUUCUGCAGUGACCUACCAGGAAGAGCCUGCCAGGUGCGCUGAAGAGCUGAUCUCAGCAACUUUGUCCACAGAGGACAAUGGGAAGCACCAAAUACAUCCCUCCGCUCCAAAUUCCUUUGGUGGUCGCAUACAGGACGGACCUAUGGGAGCAUGGGAUAAUGUUUAGAACAUCAGAACAGUGUUAUGUUUGUCAGAGGCUGGGCAGUUUAUUUAUGUAUUAAUGUAUGUCUUAUGUAUUAAAAGGUAUUUAAACACUAAAAUGGAUGAAAAUAUAUACCAUAGAUAUGCAUAGCAUAUGUUAAGUCUAUAGUAUGCACUGAACUUAGCUUUUAGUUUAGGCUUUCGAGCCAUUUCGCUGUAUUUUUUUCCAAUUGUAAUGCCAAAAGUUCAAGUUUUAUUAGGCUUUUCCUGUUAUCCACUGAAUGUUCUGAUAUAUGCAUUUUUGAAGGCAACAUUUGACAAUAGUAUUACAUUGACUUUUGGGGAUAAGCACAAUCAGAGUAGUAUAACAUUUCUUCUUUUGCUAUGUUUCUGACAUAUUCCAUGUUUAAUAAAAUCUCAGAGUAUGUU